CAAGUUUGGAAGUGUGAAAUGAUAAGUGUAAUUCUCAUAUCCCUGGUUUUGUUUCUUCUGAGUGCACAGUUCCUGAGUUUGCAAUGGAAGAGUCGUGGAUUUCCUCCUGGACCUACCCCAUUUCCCAUCAUUGGAAGCAUCUGGUGGAUAAACUUUAGAGCUGAUCAUGGGAGCCUGAAAAAGCUGGCAAAAACCUAUGGUAACAUCUGCACCCUGUGGAUGGGUCACAGACCCGUGGUGGUGCUCUAUGGGUUCCAAGCUGUGAAGAAUGGUCUCACCAACAACUCGGAGGAGGUUUCGGGGCGACUGCAGACCUACAUUUUCAAGGAAAUGGCAAAUGGAAAGGGUAUCUUGGUCUCAAAUGGUCUCAUCUGGAAACAACAGAGACAUUUUGGAAUCGGAACUCUCCGGAAACUGGGAAUGGGGAAUAAAGGAAUGGAGCGUGGGAUUCAAACCGAGGCUCAUUACCUGAUCGAGUUCUUCAGAGACAAAGAAGGAGAAGCUGUUGACCCUUCCUUCCCCAUUGUCCAUGCUGUCUCCAACGUGAUUUGUGCUGUGGUUUUUGGGCAUCGUUUCUCUCUAGAGGAUAAAACUUUCCGCCAGCUGAUUGAAGCCUUCAAUUCUAUCGUGGCUUUUGGAAACAGCCACUUUUAUUAUAUGUGUGAAGUGUUCCCGUGGCUUGCAGAGCACCUCCCAGGACCUCUCCAUAAAGCAAGAUCUUCCCGGGAUUUUGUUCGUGCCUUUGUAAGGCAGGAAAUCAAGAGCCACAGGGAAAAAGGCAGAAUAGAUGAACCGGAAGAUUUCAUUGACUUUUACCUGAAUCAGAUAGAGAAAACUAAAAAUGUCUCCAAUUCUACAUUUGAUGAAGAAAACAUGGUACAGUCUGUUUUUGACCUUUUCCUGGGCGGCUCAGAAACCACAGCCACCACUCUGCGCUGGGCUCUGCUCUUUAUGUUGGUGUAUCCUGACAUCCAAGACAAAGUCCAGCAAGAGCUGGAUGCUGUUGUGAGUCCCUCCCAUCUCAUCUGCUACGAGGACCGGAAGAAGCUGCCAUACACAAAUGCUGUGGUUCAUGAGAUCCUCCGCUUCAGCAGCAUUAUUUUAAUCACACUUCCUAGAGAAGCUGUGAAGGAUACCACUGUUUUGGGCUAUCAUGUUCCAAAGGGCACUCUAAUUAUGGCAAAUGUAGACUCUGCUCUUUUUGACCCUGCCUAUUGGGAGACACCUCACCAGUUCAACCCUGGCCAUUUCUUGGACAAGGAUGGAAAUUUUGUGACCCGAGAGGCCUUCUUAGCCUUCUCAGCAGGUCACCGUGUUUGUCUGGGAGAGACAAUGGCCAAGAUGGAGCUUUUCAUAAUUUUCUGCAGCCUCUUGCAGAAAUUCAAGUUCACUGUACCAGAAGGAGUUAAGGAAAUCAACACAGACAUUAUCUUUGGAAGCACCAUGAAACCCCAUCCAUACAAGCUCUGUGCAGUUCUGCGCUAG